GCAACCUUCUGCACCAUCCCCUGAUUCCACGAGGGCAGGGGAAGAAGUCUCAGCGCCUUCCCCACCCUCCAGCCGCCUGCGCCUCCGUCGGGGGCAGGCAGGGGGCUCGGGAAGCGUCUGGACUUCGCAGGCUUUUCCUCUUCGCUCGGUGGCUGGCCAGAUGCAGUACUGGCCAUUUUCUGCUUCCGAUCUUUACAAUUGGAAAACCCAUAACCCCUCUUUCUCUCAAGACCCCCAGGCUCUGACUGGGCUGAUCGAGUCAAUUUUAUUGACUCAUCAGCCCACCUGGGAUGAUUGUCAGCAGCUUCUGCAGACCCUCCUCACUACUGAGGAAAAGCAGCGCGUCUACCUUGAGGCACGGAAAAACGUCCCUGGAGCAGAUGGCCGACCGACCCUACUGCCAAACGAAAUCGAGGAGGCGUUUCCCUCAACCCGUCCUGAUUGGGACUACACCACCGUUGCUGGUAGGGAGCGACUUCGUCUUUACCGCCAGAUUCUCCUUGCGGGUCUCAGAGGGGCUGGAAAGCGCCCCACCAAUUUGGCCAAGGUACGUGCAGUAGUGCAGGGGGCUGAGGAAACGCCGGCAGGCUUCCUAGAAAGAUUAAUGGAAGCCUACCGUAUGUACACCCCGUUUGACCCCCUGGCAGAGGACCGGCAGGGAGAUGUAAUCAUGUCCUUUAUAGGACAGUCAGCGCUGGACAUCCGCAAUAAAUUGCAGCGGCUAGAGGGGCUUCAGGGAUAUACUAUACAAGAUUUAAUAAAGGUGGCAGAAAAGAUUUACAACAAAAGGGAGACCCGAGAGGAGAAGGAGGAAAGGAUCCACAAGGAGCAGGAGGAAAGGGAAGACAAAAGAGACAAAAGACGUAAUCGAGAGCUUAGUAAAAUUUUGGCCACCGUAGUGCAGGAUAUAGAAAGGAGUAGACCAGGACAGAAUAGGGACUUGGGAGACAAACGAAAGCCUCGGGUGGAAAGAGAUCAAUGUGCCUAUUGUAAAGAAAGAGGACACUGGGUCAAAGACUGCCCGAAGAAAACACAGGGACCAAAGAAGAGACCAGUUCCAAUCCUGUCCCUGGAAGAAGACGACUAGGUGAGUCAGGGCCAGGAGCCCCCCCCUGAGCCCAGGAUAACCCUUGAAGUGGGGGGCAGACCGGUAACCUUCCUGAUUGACACGGGAGCCCAGCACUCGGUACUGACUUCAGAAAAAGGGCCUUUAAGCUCCAAGACUUCCUGGGUUCAGGGGGCAACUGGAGAAAAGUUAUGUCGCUGGACAACCAAUCGAGAGGUCCAGUUAAGUACAGGACUUGUGACACACUCGUUCUUACUAGUGCCAGACUGCCCCUACCCCCUCCUGGGCAGGGACCUACUCUCGAAGGUAGGAGCCCAAAUUCACUUCCAUGAGAAAGGAGCUACCAUCACAGACUCAGGAGGGCGGCCCCUCCAGGUAUUAACACUACGCUUGGAGGACGAACACCGAUUAUUCGACAUUGAGUCCUAUGAGGAUGAAGAGGAAUAA